UCGGCUGUUCCCGGGAUGGAGAGCAAUGGCGGCAACAAUGGCGGCGGCGGCGGCAACGCGGCGCUGAAGGCGAACGCCGAGGAGCAGAAGAUGUCGUCGGCCAGGAAACGAGCCGAGCUCCGCAGGAGGAAACUGCUGCUCAACUCGGAGGAUCGGCUGAACCGCAUCAUGGGCUUCAGCAAAAGCGAAGCGGAAGAUGAAAGCCAGGCGGACUCUCGAACACCUUAUGAAGCUGAGAGGACUGAGUUGCUGCAAACCUCAAGCUUUCCCAAGAGAACCCCGGGGAUUCUGAACGAAACCACCGAUGGUACCAUGGCGGCCAAUCAUUACACAAAUGGAACGGAAGUGAAAAGGCCAUACACUGGAGAUAUUAGAGACUCCUUUAGCAAAACUCACGAGGCAGUUAAUGACUUGGCCACGGGAAGCAGCAGUGACCAUCGAUACUCAAGUCGACCAGAUGUCCCUGUAGAGCAGGCACAGCAGCAGCAGCCAGCCCGCCGGGGCUUUGAGCAGUAUCUAUCGCGGUUUGACGAAGCCAUGAAAUUGAGAAAUCAGCUGAUGAGUGAGAAGUCCAGUCAGGAGAAUGGAGGCAGGGGUGAGGAGCUGGGCACAUUCCACGUUUUCCGUUUAGUGGGGAGCGCUCUGCUGGCUGUCAUGGUCCGAAUCUUUGCAUGUAAAUAUCUGUCAAUUUUUGCUCCAUUUCUGACACUUCAACUUGCAUAUAUGGGAUUGUCGAAAUAUUUUCCAAAGAGCGAAAAGAAGGUAAAAACCACACUGUUGACUGCUGCACUGCUUCUGUCUGGAAUUCCUGCGGAAGUUAUCAAUCGCUCCAUGGAUACGUACGGCAAAAUGGGAGACGUGUUUGCCGACCUCUGCGUCUAUUUCUUCACCUUUAUUUUCUGUCAUGAAAUUCUUGUCCUUUUUGCUAUUGAUUUGCCCUGACGUCGUUAAGGGGUCAGGCAGGGGGAACAAGGAGAGGGUUUGUUUCAACUCCAUUUGCAGCUGCCACCAAUGUCUGCCGUUGUAAGCCAUCACUGUGCUUUCAAGCAGACACUGGAUCUAUCUGUCUGGGUCAGGCUACUAAUCCUCAUUCAGAAUCCCAUUCGCACUCUCCAGAGAGAGCUAUUUAAAAUAAGAAACUAAUAUUAAUAUUAAAAAGCGUCAUGUUAUAAGCUUAGACACUAAUUAUUUGGGCAGUGCAAACAGAAUUAGAUUCUGGACUUCUGUUUCUUACUUACUGAGGGGUAGUUAUUUCCGAAUGAGCAUUUUUAAAUUCAACAACGGAGUUUGUCAAGGAACAGAUUAAAAGCUAUAGUCCACCCCCUUGGAGAACCAUGUGUUCUAACUAAACUUAAAAUAAAAGGUCACUUCAAUCCACGCCUGUUUGUGGGACGCUGCUGUGCGCAAUUGGCUGCCGCGUUUUGCCCACAAAUAUAGUCAAUUCACUUUAUGGUAUAUUCUGUGAAGCGCUUUGAGACGUCUAGAAGACGUGAAAAGCGCUGUAUCAAAUGCAAGGAUUAUUAAUAUAGUAUAGAGAAAGAAUCCAGUGUGUGUGUCUAUUUACUGUGUAUGUAAUGAAUAUGUUUGUUAGAAGCUUUACAUAGUACAAAGAUACUGCAACUUCAUUGAUUUGAGAGCAGAAAUGUAACUAGGAAGCUGCCCGAGUGUAUACAUUAUCUUUUUAAAUGCUGAGAUUGACUACUUGAUAGCCUACUUAUCUUCCAUCUAUUGGUACUUGUCUGGGGCCAUGUUUUACUGGAAAGAAUCAACUGACCAGCCUUUUUACUUUGUUACACAAUGUACUUUAAUUAUUUGAGUCGUGUAUCUUAUUUAUAUGAGUAUUUGUAGACACUUGUUGGAUAUGUGUCUUGUGUUUCUGUAAGUUGGUGUUCCCAUUAAAGAGCAGAGUGAACAUUUUCAUUGUGCAAUUCUAAUGUCAUUAAAAGGUAAGUGGAUAACA